AUGGCAUGCAUGUGUUGUCACAAUAAGACUGCGCACGGCACGGAAGCUACUGUGGAGGUUGGCUCGGCCCACGAUCCGGCGGUUUGGGCUGAGAAUACGAAGAACGCAUCAAUACACCCCCUUUCCACGUCCGACCCGACCGCUGGCACCCUCAGGCGGUCUGUCAGGCAGACAAUCGUACUAUCUGUUGCUAACACGACCCAUCAUGCUGCAGCAAGCACCAGAAGCCCGGCGCAGAGUCGCGAGUUUGGCUUUACAGAUGCAUCCUUUCUCCAAUUGACUGCGCUGCCGUUGCCUCCUUCGAGAUUUCCCCAAAUUCGAUCCGUCCAGAGCGGGAACAUGAACUUCUUAAACUCGCUCCUCGCCGCUCUCUACUCCAUGUCAACCACCUACAGUCUCGCCCUCGCUCUGAACGAAGCGGCGCCAUCGUCUUCGCCAGGAGACCGCCGCCGGGUGCCAAAAAUAUGCCCGCUGCAUCCAGUCAAGCCACAGACGGGCGUUGCUGGCGUCAUGCAUGUCGAUAUAGCCGCAAAAUACAACGGUCCAGAAACUUACGGUUUCAGCGAGCAGGCACUUGUAUAUCGACUGAGAACGAAAGGCUUCACCGGAACUCCAAGUCCAGGGAAUGAUUGGGGGUCAGACAACACUCCUGUUCCCGUACCAUUAUCAGCCCUCCCGUCCUGGGUUAGAACAUCCGACAAUUGGGAGGCUCAUAAGCUUUCCAGUGGACCCAAGGGGGGGCAUCUGGAUCCCAAGCAGUUCAGCGACUGUCUCGCCGCACGAGUCAAAGAACUAGGCGUGGAGUUUGAGAUGAACGCCAACGUCACAUCGGUCUAG